UUCUUCAACCACUACCUCCGUAUCCCUAGAGUGUUCCAGAGUGUUCCACGCGAAUAUAGUGGCUGUGUCAACUUGGAUAAUAAGGCCCAUUCCAGGAUCGACUCUCCGAAUUACCACCACUACUCUGAUUCACGCUACCACCUACAUCCGCGCCGCCCUACCACGAUGAUCAAGAUAUGGAGUAUGAAGAAGAACGAGGAUGCAGCGGCCAAGAAAAAGCCCAAGGUCAACGCUGCCCAAAUACGAGUGCAGAAAGACGUGACAGAGCUCGACAUUCCCUCUACCAUGCAAAUAAAUUUCCCUAAUCCCGCUGAUCUCCUCAACUUCACACUCACCAUUACCCCAGACGAAGGUAUGUACAAGGGCGGCAAUUUUGUAUUCUCCUUCGCCAUCAACUCCAAUUAUCCUCACGAUCCACCAAAAGUGAAGUGUACUCAGACGAUAUACCACCCUAACGUUGAUCUCGAGGGCAAUGUCUGUCUCAACAUCCUUCGAGAAGAUUGGAAGCCGGUUCUUAACCUAACCUCGGUUAUGCUUGGUCUGCAGUAUCUUUUGUUAGACCCGAAUGCAAAUAAUCCUCUAAACAAGGAGGCCGCGGUAGAGAUGAGUAAAUCCCCAGACAAUUUUUUGAGAAAUGUCAAGUCAUCGAUGCGUGGUGCCAACAUCAAGGGCGUACAAUAUUCCAAUGUACUUGGGCGAUAAUUGCUAAUUAUCCCCAUCAUGUAUUAUUUCAGUUCCUUUCUCACCUGUCUGUCACUCGCGUGUUUCCGCACAUCGUAGUACAUACAUCUACUCCAGUCAUUCCACAUCAUUUUUCUGUAUUACCUUUACACCCCCUAGCCGUGAUAAUUAGACACAAGCGCGUAG